AUGAAUUCACGAUGGGUGCUUAAGGAUGGUUUGCCGCUAGGAGGACCGGCUAUUUUUGAUGGCCGACUUUUCUGGCCAACACCGCCAGCACUUUUUGAUGGCCAGCUUUUUUGGCCAUUGCUUAUCUGCAUGCUCCAUACUGAACUAUACGUCCUGUCAUCCGUGCUCAAAGAUCGAGUAUUUGCCAGCAAUCUGUGGGAACUCAUUUGGGAGCGCAUCAUCCAGGCGAAGCAGGAAGAGACGCUGCAAAGGCACCAGAGCGUAUGUACUUGUGGGGAUGGCAGAAGGCACGCGGCCGUAGAGCAAAUUCUCCUGGAGAAGAAGAAGAAGAAGCGGUGUCAGAUGGAGGUGUCGUUGCACAUCCAGGCUAUCGAGCUCCUCCAGCAACGUUGGCUUCUCUCACAGGAGGGAAAGCCGAUGUCUAACAAUUUGAAUUGUACUGACUCUCCAUUGCGCCUGUCGAGCACAUGGGUCGCUGCCGACCUCCGAAAAGUCUUUGAUGAAGCAUUCGAGAAGGAAGUGGCCUUACACGCGGAUCCGAUGGCGAUAUCCCUUGCUACCACGAGUAGCAAUGCCAUUCUGUGCAACCUCAUGCUGGAACUACACAUCUUGCAUGCUAAGAGGUGCCGCGCACAUGCUGAGAUGGCGCUGUAUUCUGUGGCUAUCGAGAAUUGUUGUGGUUUUGAUAUUAGCCCGCCGACAACUUUUGAGCUACUUUUGUGCAUGGAUGCAGACAUGUAUUGCACGAAUGAUGAGUAUGGUACGGAUGGAAGCUGUGGGGAUUAUGAAGACUUUGAUGACUAUGAAGAUGACGAAGAGGUUGAUAUCAUUGAUGGUGGAGAUUUGUUGGGCUUACUAACGAUAAAAUUUCACCGCAUCGAUGAUUGGAAUCACGUCGAGCGCAAGCGCGAAUCGUACAGUUACCGUGUAACUUUCAUUACUGGUUUACACGCCUACAAAUGCCUAAACAGAAAGGUAGACUUACAAAGAACUAUAUGCCGGAAUACUGUACGCCAUGACACAGAGCCCCACGUAGUGAAAGUCCCAUCGAAAGACGGAGUGACAUGCUUCAAAAAGUGGAUGGAUUUAGAGACGAAUCAUUGGGUGAAUCAGAAGGGACAACAAACCUUUGUGGCACUCGCAAGCAAAUGGCAGAAGACAGCGACCAUGGUGCCAAACUCUGCUACAGAGCCAGUGUUCGCGUACAAAAUCUUUCUCGAGAGUCCAGGCGCAAAUUCGCCGCCCAAUCUAUUGGUGGAAUCCAUAAAUGCGACUGGGAGAAACGAGAAUCAGCAUGAGGGCAACAUUUUGGUGAUGAAGAGGGAGCGACAGAAUGAGAAUGGAAUACUGAACAUGGCAGAGAAAGACAAGGAAUUCACAAUGUUCCUCUUAAAAGUGUAA